AUGCCCACAGGAGCAAUCCCGCCCGCCGGCGUCCGUUCGCCCCCCGCGCCGCGGCCAGGCACGCCCGCCAUCAAGGGCUCCUCCGAGUCUGCGCGCAUGGCCUACCUCACGGCCUCGCUCAUCGGCAUCCAGUUCACCUGGGGCAUUGAGAUGACCUACUGCACGCCCUACCUGCUCGCCCUCGGCCUGGCCAAAAGCACCGUCUCGCUCGUGUGGAUCGCCGGUCCCCUUUCCGGUCUCGUCAUGCAGCCGAUAGUCGGUAUAAUCGCGGACAGGAGCAGGUCCAAGUGGGGCAGGAGGAGGCCCUUUAUGGUAGGCGGUGCCUUUGUCGUGUCCCUCGCGUUGCUGGCCAUGGGCUGGGCCACCGAGCUCGUCUCCUGCCUCGUUGCCGAGGGCGAGGCGCGGAAGCGCGCCACCGUCGCCCUGGCCGUGGCGUGCAUCUAUGUCAUUGACUUUGCCAUCAAUGCCGUGCAAGCGUCGAGUAGAAGUCUUGUUGUGGACACGCUGCCUAUCCCAAAGCAGCAGAUCGGAUCAGCCUGGGCUAGCCGUAUGGUCGCCGUCGGCUCCCUGCUGGGCUACGCCGCUGGGGCCAUUGACCUCGGAAGCAUCUUCGGCACGCUGAUUGGCGACACGCAGUUCAAACAGCUCACCGUGGUAGCUGCAGCGGUGCUGUGCUUGUGCGUCGGCAUUACUUCGUGGGCUGUGCGAGAAAAGGUGCUUCCGGACGACGGCAAAGAGCCCGACGCCGUGGGUGCGAUAGAUAUAUUCACUCAGAUACUAAAGACGGCUACGAAUCUGCCACCCCGCAUCGCAGCCAUCUGCUGGGUCCAGUUCUGGGCGUGGAUCGGCUGGUUCCCCUUCCUAUUCUACAGCACGACCUGGGUCGGCGAGCUUUGGAUUCGCUAUGAUGCGCCGGUGGACGCCCGGUCGUCCGAGGAUACACUUGGACAGAUCGGCCGGGUGGGGAGCCUGUCGUUGAUCGUGUUCUCCAUCAUCACCUUUGUCGGCUCCAUCGUGCUGCCGUGGCUGGUCCGAAAGCCGGACGACGAGAAGCCAGAGUUCACGCCGCGGCCUCCAGCCGGGCUGGCGUCGGCGAUGGAGAAGGUAGAGAAGAACAAACCCUCGCUCCUGACGGCGUGGCAGGUGUCUCAUCUCAUCUUCACCUGCUCCAUGCUGCUGGCGCCGUUCGCCGACUCUUUUCGCUAUGCAACCACGAUCGUCGCGAUCUGCGGCGUUCCGUGGGCGAUUACGUGCUGGGCUCCAUUUACUUUCAUGGGCGUUGAGAUCAACCGGCUAGGAUCGUCCGCAUCAGCCAACGGACACGGGUACAGGCGCCUGUCGAACAGUGCCAUCGAGAUGGGGUCCACAGGGGCGCAUGGAGAAGCGCGGAGCGAGAGUGGCGAGUUAUCCGGCGUCUAUCUCGGCAUCCUGAACCUGUACACGACGUUGCCACAGUUUGUCGGCACCUUCAUCAGCUGGGCCGUCUUCUCGCUGCUCGAGCCAGGCAAGAGCCCAGAAUUGGCCAAGGAGGCCCAUCCGGCCGAGACACAUCCUACAGACGGACCGAAUGCAAUCGCCGUGUGUUUGUUUAUCGGGGCUCUGUCUGCGGCAGGGGCCGCCUACGCGACCAGCAGGCUGAGGUACAUCGAGUAG